AUGCCUUCUCAAUCAAAUGAAGUUUUAUCAUUUCAAACUUAUCAUCCUGAUUCAAACUCUUCUUCUCAUCUAUCAUCAACUUGUUCCGAGGGUGGUGAUUCUUUAUUCCAAGAAGAAAAUGGAAAAUAUGAUCUUGACACUGUGUCUACUUUUGUUGCUAAAUUAUAUCAACAACUUAAUGUAAGACGUUUAUUUUCAUACGUGUUUAUACUUGUAGAUGCAUCAAUUUUAAACGCAAAUCAUGUAAAUGAAAAUAAUGAUGGAUGGGAAAAUAUGACAGGGGAGUAUGGUAAAUAG